AUGUCACUGAACCCACUACGAGCCUCACUCUUCCGUCCGACGACCAGCAUGCCCAUAUCCCGGAUCCCUCAAUCGAUCUCACGAAUAUCAAAUCGAUCUAUCCACUAUACCUUCCCUCGUUCCACGUCCAAUACCACUACUUCAUCUACCACACACCACGCUCAUGUAAAUCAGCACGCUCAUCAGCAUGCAAGUCAAGCACCGAGGAAUGGCAAGAAACCCAGUCCGCAUAUGGUCUGGUACAGAGACAUAGUUCCGGCUAUGAUCCCCAUAUUCCUAAUAUCCACCACCCUCUUCCUCUCCCUCUCACUUAUCCGAACCCACCUAUCCCACUCCAAAUCGCUUAGCGAAUCCAACAGCAAGAUCCAAGAGCUUGAAUCGCAAUUAUCUCAAUUACGCUUAGAACAGAAAAGACAGAGGGUAAGGGAGAAGAGGGAGAGAGAGAGGAUCUUGCCGUUGGUUGUGGAAAGGGUUUUGCAGAGGGUUGGGGUGGUUGGUGGAGAAGAAGAUGAGGAAGUGGAAGAGGUAAAGGAAUUACCUAGGUUGUUGUAA